AUGGCUCUUCUGUCAGUAGUAACUCGACCGUUUUUGUGUCGACCUUCCAACCUCCAAAAGAAUUGGGACAGCUUUCUCUCUCUUCGCGCAUAUGGUGUCCAUUUCUCCGGCCAGCGGCUCUCAAUCGGAUCUUUCCAAAAACGUGGGCGCGCAACACGCAGCAGUCCAGUGCAAUUCCCCCGACAUGCUACUCAGCUAUUCACCUCCCAGGCCCCCGAACGAGUCGCGCGGUCCAUCACCCAAUGGCACCCACCCACCGACCAAGACAUGUGGGAACAACCCGUCCUGAUCAUGGGCGCAGGCCACAUCGGCCGUCGGGUAGCGCUGGUAUGGGCCUCGGCGCUGCGCCCGGUGACGGUGUACGACAUCUCCAAAAACGCGCUCCGCUCCUCGACCGAGUACAUCACCGACAACCUAGCCAAGUACUGUCUCGAACACGGGACCCAUCCCGGCCCCGUCCACUUCACCAGCGACCUCCGAGAAGCAACCACGGCUGGCAAACGCCACGGUCUAAAGUUGGACUUCAGCGCGGCGCACGACACUGAACCCAAAUCGACACGCAAAAAGGGACCGUGGAUGGUAAUCGAAUGUCUCCCCGAAAACCUCUCCCUCAAGAUCGCCGCCCUCGCCGAGAUCGAGCGCCUUCUCCCGGAAAACUGCAUCAUCGCGUCCAACAGCAGCAGCCUGAUGACUUCCGAAAUGGCGCCGCACCUGCAAAACCCCGGUCAUCUCAUCAACACGCACUACUACAUCCCGCCGCGCAACGUCAUGGUGGAGGUGAUGUCCUCCUCGCACACGUACGAAGGGAUUUUCCCGUUCCUAACACGGGAGAUGAAGAACAUGGGCUUGACGCCCAUGGUGGUGCCGCCCGGCGUGCAGUCGCAAGGGUUCAUUUUCAACCGCAUCUGGGCGGCAUGCAAGCGCGAGACGCUGGCGGUGCUGCAGGAAGGGGUCGGACAGCCGGCUGAGAUUGACGCAUUGUUUCGCGACUUUUUCCAUGCCGAGAAGGGACCCUGUGAGCGCAUGGAUGAGGUUGGGCUGGAUGUGGUGGCCAAUGUUGAGGAGCAUUAUAUCGAGCAACGGUCGGAACUUGCAAGGUCUGGCGAGAAGCCGCUGGAGUGGUUGAAGAAGACGUAUGUUGGGCGUGGUGAUCUGGGUGAGAAGAGCGGCGACGGGCUGUAUACGUGGGAGGAGCGGGAGGCACUGAAGGCGAAGCACAAGCGGGAGAAAUUUCCCGAGGUGGAGGAGGCACUUGGUGCUUGA